GCCUGGCCUGCCUGACAUCCAGUCGGCUUCAGUUACAAGGUGCCCCGCCCGCGGUUGCUUCCUCAACGGCUGCAUCUCUCUAAUUGACGAACCGACCGGUUGAAUCAUAGGCUGGAUCACUUAUUCCUAUCAAAAAUUCUGGAGGAUCGAUGUCUUUUGGGGGAUUAAUUGAGGCCUAUUGUUCUUCUACACAAUCACUGCUCCAUUGUGGCCAUGAUUUGGCGGUGAGGCGUUGAUUAGAAUUCCUUCCCUGCUCCAAUUGUCACAGAGAAGCGGAGAUUUGCCUAAAUUUGUGGAGAGUCUUUCGAAAAACUGGAACAGGUUGCUAUCGAGUCAUUCCUCUUCUGAAGGUGAACCAACUGGAUCAUUUACAAAGAGCUAACCUUAACCGAAGGGAGAAGGCGAAUUGCGCCACCAAUGUGACACAAGGAAGGGAGAUGGGAGACUAUGAUGUUCUUCUAAAGAAGUAGAUAGCUGCUCAUCCACAGAUGGUCGCCUUUGCGUUGAGGCUGACAGUUCUAGCGUUAUGCUGGGCAGCGUUCGCAGAAGACAUGCAGAAUACUGACAACGUAACAGAGAUUACCACAACGGAAGAGGAUGAUCGGAACUCGUCAAUCAGCAUAACAACUCCGAUAGUAGUGAGCAGUGCUUCGACAGUGUCAACUUUGACCAAAGAUGUUACAUCGAGCAGUCCCGACAUAACGAUCGGGCAGGGAGAGCCCAAACGAGGAUUCUCCAGUGUGACUAGUUCGGGAGCCAUUAGUAGUUCAAGUGAUAGUGAAACAAUUGAUAAGCGCAAUGAGACGGGUAGGGAGGAAUCGUCAGUGCCGUUGAACGAUCCGCGGAUAUUUCUGUUGGGUGAAAAUCAUCAUGAAGAUCUUUUCGAUCAACAUCGUGCGAUUUUAGACAAGGAGGGGAGAGGACAUGAGAAUGGGUCGGUGCAUUCUCCCCUGGUGCGGGGCAACGGGCAGCGAGUGGGUGAUAGGAGGUCAUCGCUCACUUCUCGGUUCAGGCCCGAGGCGUCGCACUUGGUAGCUCCCCGACCGCCAAAUCCUCCCGAUUUGGUAUCUUCCGUGGCUCCAACACCAGCGCAUCCGCGUGUCACCACAUCCACCGAUCACAGAGACAAUUCAGUGAGGCAUUCAGCCGCCGUCCUUCCUAGGAAGGAAACCUCGUUGAGGGCGUUUCAUAAGCCGAGGAAAUCAACGAGUCUGCUGAGUGAGCUGCUGACUCCGACCAGGUCGACAGCGGCAAGUGACGUGACCAAGGGGCCAGCGCCAGGGCCAUCCGGUAAGCCGAGCCAAGCCACUCCCAAGCCACCUGCCCCUGCCGACGAUGACUACUACUUGUACGACUACCCGGAUCUCGUCUAUAAUAGCUCCGGAUACGAUGAAGCCGGAGUUCUGCCGGAGCCUGACUCAGGCGAGAGCCAAGCGGUGGCACCGGAGCGGCGGAGGUCCAUGAUGGACGAGGUGGUCGAGGAUGAGGAGGAGGUGAUGGAGAGUGUAGUUGAGGAGGAGGAGGAAGAGGAGGAGGAGAUGCCGGUGCAGCUGCCUGACAACAGUCUGGUGGACACCGACCUCCACGACCACGACCUCAUUGACAGUGUCAUGUACAUCUACUUCGGCCCUUCGGAGCGAGAUCAGGCCAGCACCGGCAGACAGAUAGCAGCAGUGGGAGGGGUGGCUGCAUUGGCUGCGCAGCUACUGACCUUGACGGGAGUCGCUCGCAGACUCAAAAUGAAGCCAAACGACGCCUCGGCGCUCAUCCUGCUCAAUGCCGAAUUGGCUCUUACCCUUGCCAAUCUCCUCUUCAUGGUCGGAGUUCAGGCGACGAGUGACAGAGACAUCUGCCAGAGGGUGGCAGUGGGGCUGCACUACUUGCACCUGGCCGUGUGCUGCUGGCUGUUCACCAACUCCCUGCACAUCUACCUCAGUCUGCGCUCCACCUGCUACAAGCCUCGCGUCCUCCUCUACUGCCUCUUCUCCUGGCUGCUGCCCAUCCCCGUCAUUAUGGGGAGCCUUGGAGGACGAGGCUACGAGACAAGGUUCUACUGUUGGAUGUCAGCUAGGCGAGGAAUGCUGAUAUCAUUCAUGUUACCUGUUUCUGCUCUCAUUCUUGGCAACACAGUGCUGACAGUGUGGGGCGUGCGAGGAGGGUUGCGGGGGGCGUCGGUUGGGGGCGACCCAACGGAGGGGGCUCGUCGCUCCCUGCGAGUGACGGCUGUCGUUCAGCCAGCGUUCGCCGUGCUCUGGUUUCUCGGCGUGUUGGCUCUCGAAAACGCCUCCUCCCUGCUCCUCUCGCUCCUCUUCGUCACCACCAAUGCCUUACUUAACUGGUUUAUCUUCGGUUGGUGGCUCCGAGGAGAGCCUUCCGAUGAGGAGGAGGACGACGAAGAAGAGGAGGAGAUAUUUGAGGAGGUGUGCCGGGUUCUGCUCAAAGAUUGUGACGCUAAUGCCGCCUGGCGGCGAGAAGCCGAACUACAAAUGGACCCAAUUUGCACCAUUUCGUCUUGAGUGGGUCAAAAGUGUCCCUCCCCCUCCGCCAAACACCUCCGCCCAGCCAAAGACGCUUCCACAUAGUUCGUUGCUAACCGAAACUGGAGCUAAAACGAACAUCCUGUCCAAAGUAAUCUUUAGAUAAUAUUGUGCUAUUUUCUUAGACACAAUGACUGUUUAGGAUCCAAAGUACUCAUAUAAGAGAGAAACUCUCUCUAAUUUUAGUUGAAUCACGCAUCACUUUUUGGAACAUCUUUCGAUUCUUACUGAUUUUUCCAUCUCAUCAUAAAAACUCACUCUCAUAAAAUAAUAGAAGCGAUCGUUGGAACAUGGAACGUGAGGAAGUGAAUGAAAAUGAAAAAUUCACUAGAGCGGAGAAAGCAUUAUGUUAUUAUAAUUAUAUAUAAUUUCAAACUUUGUUGGUCAUGUACUAUAAGGUGUACAGUUAUGUAUAAGGUAGAUUCUUCUGAAAUGUGAUAUAAUUCCAGAAAAAAUAAUGAAAUGGAUAGAGGAAAGGAAGAAUCCACAACACUGUGAAGAAUAGAUUGAACUCAAAUAUUUGGAUCUUCUAUCUCCGUUUAUUCAAUGCAACCUACGCUGAAUCCACAGUGAAUCUUCGCAUAAUUUGUUCCAAUGAACUCAUUCACUGCUAAAUAUUUGUUUCAUCAAGAUGAAUUCUAAACAGUCAUUCUCUCUAGUGUUUUCUAUGUCACAAAUAAGUGAGAUUACAGCAGGAGAAAAACUAUCAAGACUCGUUAAUGGUAGGUGAGAUGCCAUACUCAGUUUUAGUGCUUUGUAAUAAAAUAUGUACAUAAUCUUGAAAAAAAUGCCUUGUCGAAAAAUAAAUUAUUUCUGAAUAAGUAGAGCCAUCACUUUGUUUCCAUUCAAUUCUGUGUUUCAACUCAGAUCCCAACUAUAAUAAAAUCGACUAUUUAAAAAAGUAUUUUUUGAAAACUACUAAUGCUGAAAUGAUCCAGCAUUUUGAAUAUGCAUGAUUGGAUAUAGGAUAGUACAUAAUCCUUUAAUGCAGCUAUAAAUUAUUUAAGUCAAUAAUCUAGUGAUUAAUCUUAAUGGAAAACAACCUAAUCAUUGAAAGCAUAUAGAAAUGACUCUCUUCAAGGAACGUUUGUUUACUAUAAUUUUUUAUCUUGCCAUCCUCCUAUAUGAACAUUAAAGAAUAAGGAACAAAUUCACAGUCGAUUAUUAUCAAAAGUAGAUGGAAAUGAAUCUGAUCAGUGAAGCAAUAAUUAGAAUGUGAGACUAGGAGAAAAUGGUAUAGGAAAAAAUGGCUAACGAGAAAAGAAGAUGAUAACGAUUUCAUAAAAAACAUGAAAACAUAAAAUCAAUAGUCUCAAUUAAAAAUAAAAUAAUAAUAUACUAGUCCAAAGCUUUUGAGUUUCAAUUCAUGAACGGAAUUUCAAAAUUUGAUAUUCUUGAGAGUUUAAACAAUUCCUCGUGACUCAGAAGCUGAAACCUUUUUUGAAUUUGAAAUACAAUAAAAAAAAUAUAAAUUCAACAUCACAGAAGUAAUCCUCAGUUUUCUAAUCGAAUUCGUUCUUAUUCUGAUGCUUUUUGAUGUGAGAGAUCUAAUCUUCUAUAG